AUGCCACAUCCCUACACUCAAAAUACCGUUCCAAUUCCAACUCCAACCAGUGAAUCAUAUACCACCACACAGGAAGAAAAUGACCACAAGCGAAAGGUCCUAGUCGCGGUCAUCGGCCCAUUUUUCGGCAUCUGCGUCCUCAUUGUCGCGAUCUCACUGGCCAUCCGCUACUGGAAAGAAAAACGAAAACAAAAGACCGUCAAGUCGGCCGCCGAGAUGAAUCAAUGUCCAGAUGACGUGGGCUCGGUCCCCUAUUCGCCUACCUUCGGCAAAUAUCCAAGAGACCUAGAGGCCGCGACUUGGAAGCCAAAACCGGCGCGACAGGAGUUACCUGGGUUACAUGGUUAG